AUGUCUUCAACUCCCAAGCUCACCAAACGCCAAAAGAAGGGCAUAGCUUUCCGCGAGGGCAAAGGCAAAUCAAAAAACCAAGGAGACCUGGAGCACGAUGUCCCUAUUCUCGAACUUCAGGACCUUAUUGACAGUCGGGCUAGCGGUGAGGAGGGUGGGGAGGUCAUUCAAGGCGCUCAAAGGAGUGUUGGGGGGGAAAGCAAAGGAAGGAAAGAGGCCCUGGUUCAGAAGGACGGAGAGAAAGAAGGGCUGGUGGUGGCAACGAAAAAGAGAAAGAGGGAAGUUGCGGAAGAUGCACAAGGAGCCGGAGAUCUAGAGGGAGAGGAUGGGCCGUCGGGGAAGCGGGGAGUUAAGAGAACCAAAGGAGAUGCUGGGGAUGUUGCAGAGGAUGCUGAGCAGGGAGAGUCAAAAAUUGAAAAAUCAAAACAACGUUUUAUUCUGUUUCUUGGUAUGAUCGAGCAUCCUGGGGAGUCCCUCUGCUUAACUGACACCUUGACCUCAGGAAAUCUUAAAUAUACCACCACUUUAGAAUCAAUAGAGGCUCACUUCGCAGCAUGCGAUCCACCACCUACUGUCCGUUUACUUGCACCUAAACCAGCUGCUAAUAAACCACCUUCAAGACCCGUGAUGAAAUCCAAGGGAUGCGCUUUCCUUGAAUUCAGGCAUCGCAAUGCUCUUCAGCAGGGCCUCAAACUGCACCACUCCAAUUUGGAUGGUCGUCAGAUCAACGUUGAACUUACUGCUGGUGGUGGCGGCAAAGGCGAAGCGAGGCUGUCGAAGUUGAAGGAACGGAACAAGGAGUUGGAGAGUCAGCGAGUGAGCCAUGUUCCCAGCGUAGUCUACUUGGUGCUAAGUAACUUAAUUGCACAGCAAAAACAACUCCAGAAGAAAGCCAAUUCAAAAGGUGAAGAGCCAACGUCUAGGAUGGAUGCGGCAAAGAGAUUCUCUACAACAUCAGGCGCCGAUCAGGAGGUGCAGAAAAAGCGGACGUGGACGGUCGGUGACGCGGAAGACUCCACGACACAUCGCGGGGGAAAGAAGCACGCGAAGGCUGAUAAAGCACGGCGGACCAAAAGCAAAGAUUGGGGUACUGGUGUUAAUGCUAUCCCUGUUGGCUGA